AUGCGUUGGAUCUGGGCUGCCGUGGUGGUUGUGGUACUAGCAGCUGCUAACCUUUCGGCCAGUGAUCCCUCAGCCACGCUGUCUUUCCAAAGUCUUUCCUCGCAGCAGCAGCAGCAGCAGGAAAGCGACCAAUCCGACGCACUGAUUGCCACCAUCUUCGCCACCAUCAACCAUCUGGUCAUCGUGAACGGUGUCGCGGGAGCAGCGGAGAGUCAGUUGCUGCAGCAUCGCACCGUACGGUGGUUCGACGGGGAACCGGCGACGCUGUGCAACGCCCCACCCGGCAGUGAGCAUUCCGAGUGCUUCGCCCCAUCCGAUCGGCACCAGUGGGAUGGAGCGCUGGCCGGGGCAGGCCUCAUCCUGUACGGUUCGGUCGCGAAAUUAGACCGCUACGCGUGUCUGUUCGAUCCGGCCGGGACGUACCUGCUGGUGGACGAACCGUCCCGUUCGUCGCCCGAGCAGGCGCACCUUCGCCGGCUGCUCGGGACGCUCUGGACGACGCGGGGUGCGUACCGGGUGUACGUACGUGCCCGCGGGCAGCUGUACGGGUACGAUCCGUUUCGGCGGCCGGCCGGUGCGGCCGAGUACGGUGCGCUGGUGCAGCUGGAGGAUGGCAGACCGCUACCGACCGUACCGCUGACCGACUUUGGCGGGUAUCCGCUGCGGAUCGAGGUGUUCCGCUCGGUGUACAGCAAUCCGGACGAGCGGGCCAGCGCGUCGAAGGCGGACCAGAUCACGUACAGCGGGCCCGACGUGAUGGCACGGGACGUUUUCUGUCGCGCCCUUAAUGUUACGGCGAUACCGGUGCCGGCGGAUCGGGACCUGUUCGGCGAUCGGCUCCCGAACGGCAGCUUUACCGGUGCGCUCGGGCGGCUCGUGCGGCGCGAGGUCGACAUCGUGUUCACCGGCUUCUUCAUCAAGGAUUACUUUGCGCGCGACGUCGAGUUCACCGCCGGCCUGUACUCGGACGCGGUCUGCUGCCUGGUGCGGAAGGCGAGCCGCAUCCCGGAGGCGCUGCUCCCGCUGUACAUUUUCCCCGCCGACAUCUGGGCGCUGCUCGGGGCGCUCGGCCUGGCCUGCGCGAGCGUGUGGGCGCUGCUGCGCUGGUGCGUCCGGCGCAUCAAACCGCCGGUCGGAGGGCUCUGGUCGCGGCGGCACCGGCUCGCCGUGCUGUUCAAUCUGCCGCGCAGCCUCCGUGCGGCCGGCCCGGUGCGCCAAACCGUCCAGCUGUACGUGGACAGCUUCAUACUGCUGGUGAGCGCACCGUACCUGCGCUUCACCCGGUCCGGCGUCGAGCGGCUGUUCCUCACCGGCCUGCUGCUCGUCAGCCUCAUCUUCGUCUCGCUCUACACGUCCGGGCUGGCGGCCGUGUUCGUGAACCCGCUGUACUACCCGGACAUUGGCACGCUGCAGCAGCUGGACGAGAGUGGCAUGGCGAUCCCGGUCAAGUACCGCGGCUUCCUCGACGACGUGUUCGCGGUCAACUACAGCCGGCUGAUGGAUUCGCUGCGCGGCCGCAUGCAGCACCUGCCGGCGAGGGAGUCGAUGCUGGCGCGGGUCGCCCGGCUCGGCAACAUUGCGACCGUGACGCGCAAGACGACGCUCGCGCUCGACAACGCGAUCUACCUGACGACGCGCCAGCUGCACAUGGUGCCGGAGUGUCCGCGCAUGUACAACCUGGCGUACGUGAUGCCGCACCGGUCCGCGUUCGGCGAGCAGUUCAACAAGGUGCUGCUGCGCAUGGUGGGCGGCGGGCUGGUCGACCACUGGAUCGAGGAGGCCCGGUACGGCUGGACGCUGCGGGACUGGCGCGUCGCGCGCCGCAUGAUGGAGUCCAACUUUAAGGUGCUGACCGUGGUGGACAUGCAGUUCGCGUUCUACGUGCUCGCGAUCGGGCUGACCGUGAGUGUGGCGGUGAUCGGGGCCGAGCUGGUGCACUUUCACCGGGCGCACCGAGGGGAGGGGCACGGUGUCAAUGUAUUGCUGAGGAAGUAACUGGAGGGAGGGAGGAGCGACUUGUAAUAAAAACUGGAAUAGAA